CGUGGAAACCCCAUCCAUCCCACGCACGCAUUGGGAUAAUCAAAAGAUGAACAAAGUAGGCUGCAUGUAUGUUAGAGGGAGAGUCUCAAUCUCGAAGUUGUGAAGCUUAAUUAUCUUCCACUUGGAGCAUCACAAAUUGGCAACUGAUCUUCACAUAUAUACUCUGUAACUGAACACGUUUGCCUCAAAGGCUUGACAUUAAUGGAGAAUCAACGGUACUGUGCGCUCUUGGCGAUGGGAUUGACAUUAAUGCUUGUGAAUUCUGUUGCAGUCGGUCAGUGCAUGGGGAAUCACUGUAGAAUAAGCAUUCAUAAGUGCUGUAGCGGGGCCAUUUCUGACUACUUCCAGACCAACCAGUUUGAGAACCUCUUCUCAAAGCGCAACUCGCCAGUGGCCCACGCACUGGGUUUCUGGGACUACCAUUCUUUUAUCACUGCUUCUGACGAGUACCAGCCCUAUGGUUUCGGUACCACCGACGGCAACUUCUUGGGGUUGAAGGAAGUUGCAGCUUUUCUUGCCCAUGUUGGCAGCAAAACCUCCUGUGGAUAUGAAGCGGCUGCCGGAGACCCAUUGGCAUGGGGUUUAUGCUAUAACAAGGAAAUCAAUUCUGCCUCGUCGUCUUACUGUGAUGAAAACUACAAGCACACUUAUCCAUGCACCCCUGGGGUCGCAUACUAUGGCCGCGGUGCUCUGCCUAUCUAUUGGAACUACAACUAUGGAGAAGCCGGGAAAGCCUUGAAGGUGGAUUUGUUGAACCAGCCAGAAUACAUAGAACAGAAUGCCACCCUGGCCUUCCAGGUUGCAAUUUGGAGGUGGAUGACGCCAGUGAAGGAGCAUCAGCCUUCAGCACACGAUGUCUUUGUGGGCAACUGGAAACCCACCGAGAGUGAUACUUUGGCAAAACGGGUUCCCGGUUUUGGCACUACCAUGAAUGUCCUCUAUGGGGAUCUUGUUUGCGGCCAGGGUCAUGAGAAUGAGGCCAUGAACAACAUGAUCUCCCACUACCUCUAUUACCUUCGUCGUUUGGGUGUUGCCCGUGAAGAGGCGGGGCCUCAUGAAGUGCUCAGCUGUGCCGAGCAGGUUGCAUUCAAUCCAUCCUCUUCCUCGUCUCCUUGACCUUUGUUUGGUGCUGAUAGCUAGCUAGAUAGCCCCCUCCUUUGUUAAGCUCUCUCGCUUUUGGACGAAAAUCGUUAAUAGCGAAUGAAAGGUUGGUGUGAAGCUUUCUGUUAGAGUUUGGACAAUCUGUACGUUGAACUUGUGUAUGUGUAAAGCUAGUAACUUGUUUGGGUGACUGCCUUUUGCUAUUUGUUGUAUGACUUUUGAGACAUCUUGUUGCUUUUCAAUCAAUUGCAUGUAACUAUUCACUAUAUAUAUAUUCAGUGUGGAUUGUAUUUUGUAUUUUUAGACAA